GUGUUUUAAAGACGCUCUGAGUAGCCGAUGCUUUGCAGGGAGCACAUCCUGCAGCAAAGCCGCGAAGCUCGCUGCCUGGUGAUGAGCUUCGACACGCUCGAAGCGCCGCCCGCCCUGCCCGCAGUGUCAGUGGACAGUGGCAGCCACGACCUUGCUCGCAUAAUUCCCACCUCUGUAGUGCGUCGCGUAGGCGUCGACGAUCCCAAGCUGCCCAGAGGAAAGGAGUCUCCCUUCCGCCAGAUGAUAGUGCCCAAGCCACCAGUACCGAGCUCACUACUUCAACCACUGAGAAGCGCGCUUUUCAUGUCCGGCUUCGAAGACUCGGACGACACGACCUCCACAGUGGGGCCCCGUUCCUCGCCGACGCAAGGUGUUUAUGGCCCUUCACGUUCAAGGCGUUUCUCGGCAUCGUUUGCCUCGUCUUCAUCGUCGAUCUAGAGAGAAAGCUAAUGAUAACUUGCAAUUUUACCUGCUCAGUAUACGUCACCAGAAGUAUAAAUCAACAUACUACUCACUAACAUUUUUGUACGUCACCAGAAGUAUAAAUCAACAUACUACUCACUAACAUUUUUGUAAGGUAUACUAAAGAUACAAACGAUUUCUCUC